GCCAUGGGUUGUAAAAUAAACAUCAGAUACGAGGGCAACCAAUGAAACGAUUAGGGUAGAAGUGGCAUCAAAUGCCCCUCGACCAAUUGCAGUCUUUAAAACGAGGUCUGAAGAUGAAACUCAGCAGCAGGUUAGGUAAGCGGAGUCAUCACUACGAGUAGAGCUGACAACGCGUUCAAUUGUCAACUUUCGCACGAAGAAGCCAUCUCCGCGUUGUGCCCCUUUUGGUACAUUUUAACGAUUCUCUUCAUUCUACGCAUAUAGAUCUCGUCUCAACACUGGGCACGUUACAGAAUUCUACAGCAAAAAUGACAGAGACGACAAACCCCAACAAGCAACAAAACGGAGAUGCCGUGAUGCCAGAAACGUCGACGAGGGAUGAUGUUUUUGAUGAUAGUUACAAAGCAAAAGAGGGCCCUAAACCACCGAUGAGACUGGUGUGGAGAAACAUCAUAUUAAUGUUUUUAUUACAUGUUGGAGCGCUUUAUGGACUGAUGCUCGUGCCCUCCGCGUCGCCCCUGACUCUGGCUUGGACUGCUUUGUGCUUCUUGCUCAGUGCCCUGGGUAUAACUGCGGGGGCCCACCGCCUCUGGAGUCACAAGUCCUACAAGGCCUCCACCCCUCUCCGUGUUUUUCUGGCCCUCGCUAACUCCAUGGCCUUUCAGAACGACAUCUACGAGUGGGCGAGGGACCACCGGGUUCACCACAAGUACUCUGAGACAGACGCCGACCCCCACAAUGCAGUGCGGGGCUUUUUCUUCGCUCACAUUGGCUGGCUGCUCGUACGCAAGCACCCCGACGUCAUCGAGAAGGGCAAGAAGCUGGAGCUGACGGACCUGAAGGCAGAUAAUGUCGUUAUGUUCCAGAGAAAGUACUACAAGCUGUCUGUGGUCCUGCUGUGUUUCCUGGUGCCCAUGUGGGUGCCCUGGUUCCUGUGGGAUGAGUCCCUGUGGGUGGGCUACUUCAUCCCAUGCCUCAUGAGGUACGCUCUGGUGCUGAACGCUACCUGGCUGGUCAACUCUGCCGCUCACAUGUGGGGCAACCGACCCUACGACCGCAACAUCAACCCCAGUGAAAACCGUUUCGUGGCCUUCAGCGCCAUUGGUGAGGGUUUCCACAACUACCACCACACCUUUCCCUUCGACUACGCCACCAGUGAGUUCGGCGUGAAGUUGAACAUCACCACCGCCUUCAUAGACCUCAUGUACUUCCUGGGCCUGGCCAAGGACUGCAAGAGGGUGUCCCGCGACCUCAUCUCGGCCCGCGCCCAGAGAACCGGUGACGGCAGCCACAAGACUGGCUGAGUAAUGUUGUCUCGACCGCCUCAAACUGUUACGGACUUGAUAAGACCAGAUAUGUUAAAACAGGCCAAACCAACGAAAGAUGGAAAGAAUGUAUAGCUGUAGUAAAUUGCAGCGAUGAUGAUGGAGUUAGUAGUGCUGCACAUAGUAGUGAUCGGACCAUGGUUCAUUGAUGUUUCAUUUCUGUAUUAUUAGUUAAAAACCUAUUCCUGAGUUCCUCAGACUAAUAUUGGCUUUAAAACGGUCCUAGACCUUUCAGUAAAUUGUGUAUUUUUUUAUGUUGUGUUUUUGAAAUGAAUGCUGUGUGAGGUGACUAUUAGCCAAAGCGAGCUUAUAGGGUGGCAAGGCUGGGCAUAUUGGCACAGACACUCGAAGAGUCUUGAUUAGAGAGUCUUGUUAUCUGUGGAAUAGCCUGAAGUGUGUGUGUGUGUGGCGGAGCUAGAUGGUGUAAUGUGUGAAACAUUACACCAACCAAACUACCUGCCUGUGCACCAACAAUGAAGAUGGAAGAACAUUAACCUCUAAUUUAUUCAUGUGCUAUUAUUAAUUAACACUCUGUGGCACUUUUGAAAUUGUUAAGUGAAAAAAAAAUAUGGAGUUUGGGGUUUCUUGACAUUAAGGCGAAGCAGGCAAGUUUUGUUUUGAUCAUGUUUCGUUCAAUUCGGACAAAAAAUUAUCUCUUCGAUAUGUCAGGAUCGAUCUCUCAAUCAGUCGCGCUUUGCUGACGUUCAUUUCAUAAGAGUGGAGUAGUCUUAUGUCCUGAGAGAAGUCCAGCUUUUGUCAAGUUCAAAAUUCAAGUUUAUUGAUAUUUUAUUUGUUUUAUUUUAUCAAGGCACCCAACUUCAGUCUUAUUUUACCGUAAGCUGCUGUUGAAACAGCCCUAUCUACUUCAUAGUCAACGUACUGUUUUAGCUGUCAUUAUAUACCAGACCCUAUUCCAUAUAGGCUGGCAUAGAAGUUCACUUAUGCUGCGGCAUUACACAUGAAAGCACCAGUGGUCUCCUCCUGUCCAAGUUGCUCUUAAAAGGAGUCUUUCCUCCUUGCAGAAGAGGAUGAAGGAAGUUCUCCAAGUUUCAAAUGGCACCAUAUUCCCUAUAUAGUGCACUACUUUUGACCAGGGCCCAAUGUGGGCUCUGGUCAUAGGUAGUGCACUAUAUAGGGAAUAGGGUGUCAUUUGGGACGUACAUAAGGUCUCGGGGUCAUUUGUGUAUAAUACGAUUUAUACCUCUGGUGUGGGUGAAGGUGCCUGUGCCAGUUGGUGUUUUUUCCCAUCCUGCUUCACGGAGACACCUCUGCAAUGAAAUGUAGUGAAAUGACAUACUGAUCAGUCUUUAUUAUACAAAGAAAUACUUGUUUGUAUUUAUUUUUUACUCUUACUGCAGUUGAAAUACGAAUAUGGGACUUCUGUCUCUCUUCUCCAAUAGGACAAUGUGAAAGAAAGAGGCUUUGAGAGCAUUUGCGUACGUGUCGUCUCUUGAUAUCUUGAAGAAAAAUAUUUUGUCAGGACUCGCCCAAGAUGCCUUAUGGAAGUAAUGUUAUGUACUUUGCUUGUAGACAUGGACAUGUCUAGAAAAAAAUGGAUGCAACAUAGGGGAGGGAAAGAAAGCGCCAACAAUUGAUGUCCAACCAAAUGAACACUCUAGGAGUGAUCGUGAAAACUAUAGGAAUUCCACUUUCUAGGAAUGAGAGAUUUGCUUUGGUACCGGAGUUGUUAUUUAAUGACUGUCUUAAAAAAAUAUUUAUACUUGAAAGAAUAUCCCAAGAUGCAAAAGUAUGUGUGUAUGUAUGAGAGAAUAUCCCAAGAUGUACAGUAUGUGUGUUAUCUAUGAGAGAAGGCUCGAGUAACGGAUGGCCCUUAUUUAAAUUGGAAGUAAAAGGAAAGACCAUAUGAUUUGCAUCUAGGGAUAUUCUUUAAAGUAUCAGAAGAUUCUGAUGAGGAAUUAGGAAUCAAUUUUUGCAUAAUAUUUCAACGAAUGUUUUGGCUCUGAAGAAACAAGAUUCCAGAUUAGUUAUGAACUCAUCAAAUUGUAAUAAUAUUUGUCGCACUUUGGUCUACUUUUUUCAGUGCAAUUAUUUUGUACAGUGUUAACGUCUUGAAGUCUGAAUGCCUUAAAAAACUGCCGCAUUUUUUUUCAAUGAAUGUUUUACCCACUGUAUGUACCGUAAAUAAACCACAUUUUCUACAUGUUGGAAAGUAUGUUCUGCUGUCAGUUUUGUUGUAAUUCUGUAAUCUCUCCGUUGCUAAUUGAAUAAAAGACAUGUCGUUGUCUUAGCAUUUA